UCAUCCUCUUCUUCUUCACCAUCAUCAUCCUCUUCUUCUUCUUCAUCAUCAUCAUCCUCUUCUUCAUCAUCAUCAUCAUCAUCAUCAUCAUCCUCUUCUUCUUCUUCAUCAUCAUCAUCCUCUUCUUCUUCAUCAUCAUCAUCCUCUUCUUCUUCAUCACCAUCCUCUUCUUCUUCUUCUUCUUCUUCUUCUUCUUCCUCUUCUUCAUCAUCAUCAUCCUCUUCUUCUUCAUCCUCUUCUUCAUCAUCAUCAUCCUCUUCUUCUUCUUCUUCUUCAUCAUCCUCUUCUUCUUCUUCUUCAUCAUCAUCCUCUUCUUCUUCUUCUUCAUCAUCCUCUUCUUCUUCCUCUUUUUCUUCAUCAUCCUCCUCUUCUUCAUCAUCAUCAUCUUCUUCUUCAUUUUUUAUCGGUAAAAAAUCGGCCGAUUUGCCCAUCAUUGCCGCAAAAAAAUCGGCCGAAUCGGCAAAAUCGGCCGAUUUUUUU